UCCCUGUGUUUGUUCCCCAGGAGGCUCUGAUCAUGGCCAGCAUGGAGCACCCCCACCUGGUCCGUCUCCUGGGGGUCUGCCUGAGCCCCACCAUCCAGCUGGUCACCCAGCUCAUGCCCCACGGCUGCCUCCUSGACUACGUCCACGAACACAAGGACAACAUCGGCUCCCAGCUGCUGCUCAACUGGUGUGUUCAGAUCGCCAAGGGUAUGAUGUAUCUGGAAGAGCGGAGACUGGUGCACAGGGACUUGGCUGCCCGUAACGUGCUGGUCAAGUCCCCCAACCACAUCAAGAUCACUGACUUUGGUCUGGCUCGGUUGCUGGACGUCAACGAGAAGGAGUACAACGCUGACGGGGGCAAGAUGCCAAUCAAGUGGAUGGCCUUGGAGUGUAUCCACUACAGGAAGUUUACCCACCAGAGUGACGUCUGGAGCUACGGGGUGACCAUUUGGGAAYUGAUGACGUUUGGGGGGAAGCCCUAUGAUGGCAUCCCGACCCGGGACAUCCCAGACCUGCUGGAGAAAGGAGAGCGUCUUCCCCAACCUCCCAUCUGCACCAUAGAUGUAUACAUGGUCAUGGUCAAAUGUUGGAUGAUAGAUGCAGACAGCAGGCCCAAGUUCAAGGAGCUAGCUGCAGAGUUCUGUAGGAUGGCCCGGGACCCCCAGCGUUAUCUGGUCAUCCAGGGUGAUGACCGUAUGAAGCUGCCCAGCCCCAACGACAGUAAGUUCUUCCAGAGCCUGCUGGAUGAGGAGGAGCUGGAGGAUCUGAUGGAUGCUGAGGAGUACCUGGUUCCUCAGGUCUUUAAUAUCCCACCGCUGGCGUACACACCCAGGACACGUGUUGACUCCAACAGGAACCAGUUUUUGUACCAAGACCCUAGUUUCGGCAUGGAAGACAGGUUGGGUACCAUGGGGACCAUCCCACGGGUGCUGUCCCUGUCUGUAGUCCCAGGGUGCAGGCCCCCAGGGGACCAGUCUGCAGGGGGGCAAGGYGGCAGCGGCCAAGAGGACAAACGCUUCGAGGACCAGCGCUGUAACGGCACCCUGAGGAAGCAGGCCUCACCCCGGCCCACGGGACCUCCAGGACAAGGCGGAGCUCCAGCCUCAGGUCCAGGGGAGGACAGCAGUGGACAGCGCUACAGUGCAGACCCCACCAUCAUGCUGGGGGAGAGAGGAGCUAGAGGAGACACAGACCAGGAUGGAUACCUGACCGCCAUGAGGGAGAAGGCCUCCUCAGACUAUCUCAACCCUGUGGAGGAGAAUCCGUUCGUGACGCGCCGGAGGAACGGAGACACCCUGACCCUGGACACCUGUAACCCCUACCAGGUGGCCCCCAUAGGUCCCCAGCAGGCCGGCUCCGGCCCCAGAGUGGAUGACGAAUAUGUCAACGAGCCCCUCUACCUCAACACCUUCCACAACCCCGGAGGACCAGGGCCAGGAGAGGGAGACUACACCGAUUAUACCCUGAAAAAGAACGGAGUCCCUGGGGGACACAACCCUAUCCUYGCCACCCUUACCAGCCAACCAGGCGCUACUGGCGUCACUGCUGGCCAAUCAGGCACCACCCAGGCAGGGAACCCCUCCCACAGCGUCCAGGCAGCCAACGCCCACGCUGUCUCCGCACAACCGGGAUACGCUGCACCUCCGGGGCUCGGCGCAGCCGGCCCCCACCCAGGGCACAUCCUGCACCCAGGUCACMCUUCCCACCCCGGGUACACCCUCCACCCCGGUCUCACAGGCACCAUCAUGGUGGACAAGAAGACCAGACAAGACAAGAACAAGACGUUUGACAAUCCAGAGUACUGGCAGCAUAGCCUCCCUCCCAAGGCCACCCUGCACAACCCCGAGUACCUGCAGGACUGCAGCACGCGCUUCUUCUACAGGCAGAACGGACGUAUCCGGCCCGCCGUGGCUGAGAACCAGGAGUACCUGACGGAGUUCGCCCUGAAACCCGGGACCGUGCUACCGCCCCCGCCCUACAGACAGAGGAACACUGUGGUGUAACGUGGAGUAGUGAGGAGGACUGGGUGAGAAGAGGAGGAAGACAAGGCGAGGAGGAGGAGUGAGGGGGAUGGACGGAGGAAGAAGGGCAAGAUCGUGGGAGGAUGGGAGGAGGAGAGAGGACUGAGUGUGAGAGCGAGGAGGAGAGAGAAGUGAAGACGGGAAGGAGGAGGAGUGGACAGUCCCUCUCACACUCAGUCACGCAGUAUUUACGUAUCAAUGUAUCAACCUUGGUUCCCUUCACCAGCACUGGACUGACACAUCUAUGUCUGUCUGUCUGAUUACAGUAACAUUACACAGAAAUAUCACAGUAAUAUUAUUGUAAUAUACAAAAUGCUGAGAGCCUCCUACCACCCAUGAACCCAGGACUAAUGAGCACCUCUCUGUCUGUAUCUAUCUCCUUUAUACUGGAUUACAGUAACAUUACAGUAAUAUUACAGUAAUAUACAUACUGCUGAACCCAGGACUAAUGUGCACAUUGCUAGCCUCCCCUUCCACUCAGCCCCUCUUAGCCAACCUUAACUCCUCCUCUACCACACCCACUACUCUCCCUCAGCUCCGCCUCUUCAGUGUUGAUCACACAAACAGGCGCCACCGACUCCUGGGAAACGGUGGACCUCUCUCUCAUGUGACUUUGUCCUCUUCCUGACUCCGACUUUAUACUCCUUUAGACUCCAGCUUCACCAACAACAUCAACAAYAACUAUAAMAACAACAACAACAGCAACAACAAAAACAACAACAACAGCAGAACGCUAAAGGAACAGUGACAUGUAAUGACUACUGACAGACAAUAACACCGUCCCCCAGAACUAUUGUAGCCAAGAACAAGGAUCUAUUGUUUGUUCAUUAUCUUACCUACACUAUUUUAUUAGUAAGAACCAUACAGUAAUUCCCAGUUGAUACACAACACUACACUUGGAGCACCACAUUUUCCAACUGGGUUAAUUUGUAGCAAUCCACCAACAACACGUACAGUAAUGUCAUGAGAGCUGUUGGUGUCCAGGACAGCAGGUUCAUAUAAGAGGAAAUGUAUACAUCUGUGUAUACACUGCUGUUCCAUCACUGUCUGCCAAGCCCCAGCCACGCCAUUCAUCUGUCUCAUAAUGUGGAGGAUGAAUUCAUGUCCGCUGACUGGACUUGACUGGCUGGCUGGCUGACUGGACUGACUGGCUGGUUGACAUGGUUUAAACCCCUCUGAAUACGUAAUGCAAUUCAAACAUGGAUUGUACAGCACAGCUCAUAUUCUCUAUAACAUGUUCAUUUGCAUCUCGCAAAGAAGGAAGAUGUGCUCCCAACCUUGACACAUCAAUAACCCUGUACAUGUGUGAUAUAGUCACACACACACACACAAACACAUACACACACGCACAAACACAUACACACACACACGCACAAACACACACAGAGAUAGCGUUAGAGUCGUGUGCAUUCCGUUUUGAACCAGGAGCUCGGUUGACCUUGGGUUCUAAAGCAGUGGAGAUAGCACCAGCCAAGGUAGUGCAGCGGCAUGAGAAGACAAAGUCACAGCAAGUAAAUGGCAGUGUUAUACUGUAUGUAAAGCUGGAAUGGCCUACGUUGAACACACUGAAAUACAUCAGGCAGAAAGUGCCACAGCCCAGGAUUUAAGAGGAAAUAGGCUUAUCAGUAAGGAGAGGAUCUCAACCACCCAGCCAUGCUGUUAUAACUUCUAACCCACAUGACUUCUGAGGCAGACAAAUCCGGACCUGGAUCGAUGCUGUCAUAGAAUAUAGAUCGGAAACUGCUGUGUGUUGCAAUAUUUUUUAACUGAUAAACCCUGGCAGAGUCUGUCUGUUCGUUCCCCUAUCAGAGCUGGUUACAAAGACCUCAGGAGACAGGACUGAUGAGGUAAUGGGGACUGAAUUUUGAACUGGACUGGAUAGAUAGACAGUUGGAGGAGAAAGAGAAAUAGAUGCCAGGGUCAUGUUCAUUAGGCACCAAAUGGAAGACAACGGACUGAAACAGGGAGGGACUACCUGGACAUUGCAAAAUGUUUUGUCCACGUGUGUGGAGGACUGGAGAAUUCUGGGGCCUGGAUAGGUGGCGGGCGGCAGACACCAGGCUGGGAUAAGAGAGGCCUAAAAACUUGGUCUGGUCUUGGGUCUGGUYUUGGGCAUAAAGGAGGAUAACUAAGCCCUGAUGUGGUGGACACAACCAUGGAGGAGAGUCAUUGAGAGUUCUGGUCAAACUGGAGAGGAGAAGCCUGAGAACCUGAUCUGGUCUUGGGUCGGCCAUGGCCAGUGAGGAGUGAACAAAGCAUGGAAAUACACAGGAAAUAAACCUAGUACACGCCAAGCGGACUCAUCAUUGGUGGAUAUGUUCUGUGGAAUAAUAUAUUCAUUUUGGGGGGAAAUUGGGGAUSGAUGGCAUCAGAUUUGGACAGUUGAAAUACUGUAAUUAUAUUAUGUCAUGCCAUGAAGAAUAGUAUUGCUAACUAAAAAAACAUCAUACUGGCCCCUAAAACGAAAACUUUUGCUCCACCCCCAAAUGUCUCUCCCCCCUUCUACGUACAGUACAGGGGCAUCCCUCUCCAACAAUUUGCAAUCAAGAUGGAAAAUGAAACUGUGCCAAAACAUUUGGAGAGAUUUCCUUCCUCCACAAUGACAUUUUCAUUAAGAAAAUGCAGGAGCUACAGCAGAUCAAGRACAUUGAACACUUUUCUAUUCAUGUUUGACAAUAAUGACAGUACAGGUAGACAGACAACAUAUCUAUGGAAGGCCAGGUCCAUGUGUCUCAGAAUACUGCCAGAUCAUUCUUGUUUUCGCUGCUAGUAGAGGGGGAAUACUGUCAACAYAAAAUACAUAUUUAGAUUUGGGCCUUUUUGAGUUUUGUUAAUUUGAUAGGACUUAUUAACCAUUUUGGCACAGCCAAACCUCUCUCUUCAUUGUUUCCCCAGCCAGAAGAACAUCCGGUUCUCAAUACGUUUAUUUUAAUUAUGUUUUAUCUAUUGCAUYGCAGCUAUAGAAAAGGCAGGCAGCCUACCCUAUUUCACUGUUAUUUUUCUCAUUGUGGCUUCAGUUUGUACGAUCCAGAGAUGCAGCACUUAAAUGAAGACUAGCAGAAGUAAACGAUGGUAGUGGUGGAAGAAGAGAACAAGGCUAGUAGUAACCGUCUAGAAGCACUGACAGGAGAACUAGAAGGCUCUCCACCCCAAUGAAAAUAGAAUGAAAUGUCCGGGAGUUUUUGGAGAGGCAUUGUGUUGUUUUUUGUUUAGUUUAGCCAAACACAGAUGUUUCCUGGAUGAUGUGUUUAAUUCCAGUUCUCCUCCUUUAUGAAAAAUAAUGACUUGCCAAUUAAGAUCCAUCUGAAGCACUUCAGAGCUUAGUGAUAGGCUAGCUAGCAGGCAAAGCUACAAUGGUAGAAUCAUGAAAGUGGUCCUUGUAGACAAAGCUACUUAGGUAACAUCGCUAAAGAGUUUAUAGUCCUAGUGGACAAAGCUCCAUUGGAAUAACCACAGGAGGAUAUAAGGUCUGUUUAGAUAGCUGAUCACAACGCACUACAGAGUCUCUGUCUACAAACCUACAGUGGUAGAAUCACUACAGAGUCUCUGUCUACAAACCUACAGUGGGGAAUCACUACAGAGUCUCUGUCUACAAACCUACAGUGGUGAAUCAUACAAAGUCCCUGUCUACAAACCUACAGUGGUAGAAUCACUACAAAGUCCCUGUCUACAAACCAACAGUGGUAGAAUCACUACAAAGUCUGUCUACAAACCUACAGUGGUAGAAUCACUACAAAGUCCUG